AGUAGUGUUCUUGCGAAACACACGUCAAUUAUACAAUAAAAAAAAAACAUAUCCUGUUAAAUAGUUUAAAAUGUUGAGACUUAAAAAUACGCUCAUUUAUUUCCUUCUUCUGACUAUUGCAGUGAACGGAAAACACAAGAAAACUAAGCCAAAGAAGUUUGUGUCCCCAACAACCAAGGGGAUUCAGUGCUACAACUGCUUGUCUUUCGACCAUCCCGGUUGCUGGGAUCCUGAUCAUCCGGAUUUCGCAAAUAUUACCGUGGCGAAUAUUGAUUGUUAUAUUCCCGGCAUGGAAUUCCUGUGCAUCGUAAUAACUUCGGAGUCAGCUAAACUUGUUGAAACCGGUCAAGAGAUCGGCCCGGUGCGUGCACGAACUUGCGUUCCAGCAAAGGACUUUACGAAGAAAACAGUAUCAUAUUCCAUGUGCAGCAAGCUGAGUAAAGAACUAUCAGCCUCGGAAAUAUUUUCACGUAUAGCCGUUAGUAGGCCACAGUGUUCACUAUGCAAAAAACAUCUUUGCACCGACUCAACUCAUUGCUAAUAUUUGCAAUGUUUAAAUGUAUGCAAUUUUGCUUAUUCGGCACAUAACAAUUUUUAAUAAUGUUGAAGUAAUUUUUAAACGUAAUUUAUGAGAAUGCAAUAUGUGUCUAGUUUUGUCAGAUAAAUGUUACAAAAACCCCAAAUAUACCUUUUCUGAAAUUUUAUAAUCUCUGACCUCUACUAUAUACCACUGGCAGCUGUCAAAGUGCUUUUGUGCCUGUUUGAUAUUCGCCAUUUUGGGGCUGAUGGCCAUGUAGCGAGAGUCUACGGUACUAAAAGUAGUAAUGACAACCUCAGCUAAACAAACAUCGAUAGGAAAACUAUUUACAAAAAAUUGUGUACUUUAUUACGUUGAUUCCUGAAGUAUAUAUAAAUAAUACGGAAAACUACCGAAAUUAAUUCAAAAUACAAAAAUACUUCAGAGCUACGCUUCAAAUAGGCACAAAAAAAUUUGCAAUCAAACAUAUGCAACAGCCUGUCCAGUGCUAUUUAUAAUAAAAAUGUAUAUACUGUUAACUUAAUGUUAGUUAUUUUACUAUAGUUUUAUAAGAUCCUUGGUGUUUCUGAUAAUCACAUAAAUGUUUGUACUUUUCAAUGUAAAUGGCUUGGAGAAGUUAUCGCAUUGUUUAGCUUACCUGGGCACCACAUAAGCGCUUACAUCACAGCUUUGUUUUAUAAACAAUCCGGUUAAUAUUCACAUGAAAUUAAAGUCGAUCUUAUUGUUUUGAAAUAAGAUACCCGUGAGUUUACAGCCAAUUACAAAAUAAAGCUUGUUUUUAUAUCAUUGUCAUUGUUAUAUUAUGAUGUUAAUAAAUAGGUUUGCU